AUGGAAAGAUCACCUAUUGUGAUUGAUAAUGGCUCCUACGAAAUCAAGUUUGCUCCUUCCACCAAUGAAAUGCCCUUUCGGGCUUUGAAUGCAUUGGCCAAAGAUAAAUUUGGUACGUCGUACUUAUCCAACCACAUCAAAAACAUCAAAGAUAUCUCGUCCAUCACUUUCCGGAGACCACACGAACUCGGACAGUUGACUCUAUGGGAAUUAGAGAGUUGCAUAUGGGAUUAUUGCUUUUUUAAUCCUUCAGAAUUCCGUGGAUUUGAUCUAAAGGAGGGGAAGGGCCAUCAUCUGGUCGCUAGUGAGAGCUGCAUGACCUUGCCGGAACUGAGCAAACAUGCUGACCAAGUGAUAUUUGAGGAAUACGAAUUCGAUAGUCUUUUCAAGUCUCCUGUAGCAGUAUUUGUGCCAUUUACCAAGUCAUAUAAGGGUAAAUUGAAAACGAUCUCGGGUAAGGAUGAAGAAGCAGAUGUUGUCACCAGUAACUCGGGUAUCACUACGUUUACGUCCAGAGAAUGCGGGAGUGCACAAAACUCGGAUAGCGACUAUCAUGAUUUCCAACUGGUUAUCGAUUCUGGGUUCAACUGCACCUGGAUCAUUCCUGUUCUCAAAGGAAUACCGUACUAUAAAGCUGUAAAAAAAUUGGACAUUGGUGGGCGUUUCCUAACGGGGUUGUUGAAGGAAACAUUAUCAUUCCGACACUACAACAUGAUGGAUGAAACGAUACUCGUCAAUAAUGUCAAAGAAAAAUGUUUGUUUGUAAGCCCGGUGUCUUAUUUUGACAGUUUCAAAGCAAAGGAUAAGCACGCAUUGGAAUACGUACUGCCUGAUUUCCAAACAAGUUUUAUUGGCUACGUAAGGAACCCUAGAGAAGAAAACAGCCCUUUGCCGGAAGAUGCACAGACCAUAGCAUUGACCGAUGAACUUUUCACAAUACCAGAAACGUUUUUCCAUCCAGAAAUUUCCCAGAUAACGAAACCGGGCAUUGUGGAGGCAAUCUUGGAGAGCCUCUCCAUGUUACCGGAAAUCGUACGACCUCUCAUGGUGGGAAACAUCGUAUGCACGGGAGGAAAUUUCAAUCUUCCCAAUUUUGCCCAAAGGCUGGCGGCAGAGUUGCAAAGGCAAUUGCCCACAGAUUGGACUUGUCAUGUGUCAGUGCCAAUAGGCGAUUGUGCUCUUUUCGGAUGGGAAGUGAUGUCGCAGUUCGCAAAGACCGAAUCCUACCGGAGAGCCAGGGUCACAAGGGAUGAAUACUACGAGCAUGGUCCUGACUGGUGCACCAAGCAAAGGUUUGGUUACCAGAAUUGGAUUUAA